AUGGUCCUGCAAGACUUGCAUACUUCUUGUGGAUCUGAAGAAGAGCUUCAGCGUCUGGCAAGGACGGAUGUGGAUCGGAUAGCUGUGCUUUUAGACCUAUGGACAUGCGAAGCAGAUUUUCUGGAGCACAAAAUACAGCUCUUGAACUGUUAUCUAGAGGCAUAUCAGCACGUCACAGACCCAGAAGAGCAGUUCAGACUGGCUCAGGUCAUCACAGACAUCAUGCACAGACGACCACAGAUGGAUUUUACCGCUGGAUAUUUUGUUCAAUCAUACAGAGACUCAAUUGUCUGUCUCCAAAGCCACCAGCAGCUCAUCAAACUAGUGCUGAACAAUCAGAUUGACGAGCAGAGGCAGUAUCUGCAGAGAAUAUGGAGAGAUGGACAGAAAGGUUCUCCCAGUGAAUAUGGCCUGCCUCCAAACUACAUCCCUAAACACUUGGUGUCAAUCGGAGGAAGCAGGCCUGCCUUGAAGAGUGUGUAUUUUUUGGAGAUUCAUCCUUCAUUAGGUUUGGCCUGUCAGCUGUAUGAGGGUCUGGAACGAGCCUGUACUGAACUAUUUGAGCUGCACAGAGCGAAAGCACCAUCUCAGAGAGUCAAACUUGAGCAAAAGCUCCUGAAAACAGCACUGCAUCACUGGCACACACUCACUUCUCCGGGUGUAACCUACAGUCCUCAGAUCCAAAGAGACUUGUUCUUAGAUGUGUUCAUCGAGGAUCCUGCUCUGGUCAGAGAUCUGGGACUGUACAUUGUGAGAUGUGCAGAUGAACAGGAGAGAAAACAAGGCAAAGACAGACAGAUGUUCAUGUUGGAGACGUUCUGCACAUUAUUAGAGCUCGUCACGCUCCGGCAUCGCAUCUUUGAAUCAGCGGCAGAGACUGAACAUCUGUCCCAAUUAUAUAAAUCACUGUCCAGAGUGAUAGGUUUUGAUGAAGUUCAUCUAUACAUGCGUCUGGUUCAGUUUGAGUUUGCAGUGAGGAAAGAGACUCCAAAACAGCUUCCAGUGUUCCUCACGGCCCUCCAGGACAACAGACAGGAGGCUGACAGGUUUAUCCCAAACAGUCUUCCUCUUGCUGUUCAGGAACUUGAUGAAAAUCAUAUCUGCAAAUUCAGCUUUCGAUCGAAAGAAGCAGUUUUACAGCUGAUGAAUGAGGCCAGUGUGGAGAACCUGCGGGUGGUUCUGAUGUGUCAGGUGGUUCAGAGAAACGCUCUGAUUGGAGCACUGAAACAGGCCUCAGUGUGCUUUAGGACAGAGAAACUGGAUCAGUCUUCAGAUUCAGACCUAAAACUGCAACAUGAAGAAUCUGCUUCAUCUACAACCAGGAGACGAGCUGUAGAUGAUAAAAACAGGUUUGCGGGAGCUUUUGUGUCCAUUCAGCUGGAGAAAGUGUCUCUCCGAGAUGAAAUGCUGAAUACGUUUAUAAAGAAGAAAGAGCAGAUGGGCUCGCUGAAGAUGAACUCUGAAGACGUGUGCAGAAUCAAGAGGAAGCUGAUCGUGGAUUUCUGUCACAGGUUUAAUGAGCGUGUAUGUGAGUGUUUUGUUCGAGGGCAGCUGAUCUCUCUAACCUUCAGUCUCUUGUCACUGCUGCGUGAGGUGCCACACAUCAGAGACCAGCACUUCAUAAUGGGCAAACCUGAAGACCCCCGAGCAGACCUGCAGGCCGAGGGCAGACCAAGUCCUGAUCCCAGGACUUUUCAGCCUUGUCCCAGAAGACUGUUAUCAGCCGAUGGAAAGAGUCUGCUGAAUCUGUGGUUCAUCCCUCAUUAUACAGAAGUACUGCUCAUGUUCAGGACUCUAAAGGAGAAGGAGCGUCAGCAGGCUCUUCAAAACUCUCUGCAGAUCAUGUCAGCUCUUCAUGAUAUUGUUUAUUACCUGGUGAGCUUUGCACGAUUGGGGAAUUCCGACUCUUUGUGCAGUCGCAGCAGCACUCAGAAGCUCACGGCAGACUGGGGAGGUUUAGAGAGCAUCGGGGCUGAGCUGUGGGACGUCCAGCGACAGAUUGAGUCUCUCUGUGAGUCCAGCAGUUCAGAGAGUGUCGGGCGACUCCUGCAGUUACACAGAGACGUGCUUUUCCUGCGCUUUGAUACCGCAGUCAGAUACAUGAUCAGGGAUGCGUUCCUCUCCUCUGGAAACCUGUCUGCCUAUCAGAGCAUGACUGAAAACAUGAGCCACGCCCUCCCUAUCAUGAGUGACAUGAUAGUGGGAGGAGCCAAUCUCCUCUCCGUUCCUCAGCCUCUAGAAGCAGCCAGUUCUCAGGCCCAAAAAUUAUAUCCAUGGAGAUCUUUCCUUGCAAUUCAUGGAUUACAUCCCUUGGUCAUGUGGGACGUCUCACCCAUUGAACAUUACAUGCAGCUGUGUCUGUGUGAUCUGAACGACCGCUGCAGAAUGGAGGCGAAUGGAGCGAUUCUGGGUGUUUCUCUUAUCAUGGACGAUGUGCUCAGUAGUGGUAGAGAUGCGAUGCCGCUACAGAUGCAGACCACAGACGACAACAAGUCGACAUCUGACAGAGAACUUCUUGAUGACGGCAUGGCAAACAAUAAGAAAAAAGCAGAGUGUGUGUGUCAAGCUGAAGAUGCGUUUCAGAGCCUGUUGAAGCAGAAGGGUUUUCUGCUGCUCUGGAAGCAGAUGGAGGUCUUUAAAGAGAGCUGGACUCAACGACAGACCAGUUUCAAAACCAUCAACACACCAGCGCUGUUUAAGCACUUCUCUCAGCUCUACAGGGUGGAGAUUUUCUUUCCCAGCAUGCAGGCUCUGGCUCAGCAGAUGGACGUGGAGAAAGAGUACCAGAUUCUGCUUUCUCAGACUCAAACUGUGCUUCCACCUCCUGGAGCUGCAGAAGUCGACAUCAAAGCAUGGCAGCUCCUGAGACUCCUGGAGAUGACGGAGGUUGACAUGAUCCGUGCGCUUCAGAACAGGAUUAACACUGAAAUGACUCUAGUGAUGUCUGAGCGCUCGCGACACGACAUGCAGAUCCCUGCAGAUCUGUGGAAAAGACCAUCAGCGAAACACAGCGUAUCUUUAGAGAGACCGCAGAUUGUGGAGGAUUUUAUCCAGAGACUGAUGAGCGCUGAGGAGAGACAGACUGAUGGACAGGUGACGUUCUCCACUGCUCAUCUGCAAGAUUGUUUGACUGAGCUGUCCUGUGCUGUAAUGAAUCGUGAGAAAAGCGUCUUCCAGCGGUAUUCGCAGUUUUAUGAGCACAUCCUUCAACAGCAGGAGCAACUGCUUUACCAGAGAGAGCAGGAUGUUAAAGAGCUGGAAGCCAAAAACCUGCAGUCCAGCGAUCCUUACAGAAAGGUGUCAGAUGUGUGUCGAGGGAUGAUGCUUGAAAUCACAGCUUUGCGCGCAAAAGUUAAUCAACUAGAAGAGGAAAAGAGAAACUUGGAUCAACACCUCAACCUCAAACACAGAGAACGAUAUGACACACUGGUUCGCCAGCUGUUUUCCUCAUGUCUGCUUCUAAAGGCACGUCUGGACAGUUAUAAUGAGAAAAUGGACCAUGAUGUCCGUCAGCUGAUCAGCAGCGUGAGGAAGGAAGGCGUGGACAGAAUCAUCAAACUGAAAACUAGAUUAUCACCCGCUGAUGAUAACCAGAGUCUCAUUCACACACUUCAGCAGAAAGAGCUUUUAGAGGAUCUUGAUGGGGAGAACAGCAGGCUGGCUGCGCUGGUGUGUAAACUGAGAAUCUUCAGCCGCUGGAAGCUGCUGACAGAGCAAGAGAGACUUCAGAAAGAGCUGCUGCACUGGAGACUGAAUGAGGCGUCUUGUAAAACUGAAGCUGUAAAAGUGAAGCUGAUCUCAGAGCAGAAGGAGAUUGUGUCCAGACAGGAGCUGGAUGCAGUGAAGGAGGCUCUGCUGCAGUGUCAGACUGAAUAUGAACACAUACAGAAGCAGAUCACACUGCAGAGUCAGAAGCUGCAGGACAUUGAGCAUCGCUCAGCUCGAGAUGCUCAGAGCCGUCAGGAGCUGCAGACUCUGAGGAUGGAGAGUGUGGAGACGCUGCAGGAGGACGUGCUGGACCGAGAGAGUCAGCUGAGGACACUGAGCGCACAACUUCAGAAACACACCCACGACACACAGAUCAGACAGCAGCGCAGCCACAGACACAUCAGACAAGUGAGAGGUCAACUUCAUCAGGAGCGAAGCCUGAAGCUCGAAGCCUUCCAGCAUGUGGACAAACUCCACAAUCAGAUCAAGAAUUACGAGGCAGCGCUGCAGUGUAAAUCCACUGUUCCUUCAGGACGACAGAGUUCUUCAUCAAGAAGGCUACGUUUAAGAAAUGCAUCAGCAGGAUUGCUCAGAAACAGCUCAGUGAUGUCUUCCACAAGCAUGAGCUUUAUAAACCCGCUGGAGGAGUUCAGUGCUGAUGCUGUAUGGAGAGAGACUUGGACGCCUCUGGACAGACCUAAAACAAACUCCACUGGUGUUGGUCUGGAUAUUUCCGAGGCUCUGUUACCCAGCCUUCCUGAUGGCGUCGCAUCUUCUCACCUCCACAAUCGUAGAGUGUUUCACAAGUAAAUCAGUCAAACCACACACUCACACAAGUUGAUACUUUUUGCCACUGUAAAAAUUAUAAGAAAAAGGUCACAACAACAAAUGUUUUAAUGUUACUUUAACUUAUUUCAACAUGUUAAUCAGGUUUUAUGUAAUAUCUUUUGUCAGUUUGACUGAAGUAAGUUUAGAUGAAUUGAAAAUAUUUUGGAAUAUUCUUCCACUGUUUACUUUAGUCCAGAGAGAUAGCACCGACAGGGCAAAUUAUUGUUUAAUUAUUUAAAAUGGAGCAUUAUUCAGAAAGUAAUGUUUAGCGAUUAUUGUUUAUUAUUAUGUUAUACAUAUUCAAAUCUACUUUACCUCAAAAAACAAAAUAAAUCAUGUUUAGGAGCAUGAAGAUUGUUUGCGUUGUUUUCAUGAUCAUUCAGCAAAUUGCACUGAGAUGAUUUGUACCAGGGCUAGUGUAGUUACAAAAAAAAAAAAAAACUUUUCAUUUUCUUUUUUAUUACCUAAACUAAAAUGUUAAUGUAAUGUGUAUUU